UCUCUCUUCUGUCACUACAACAACUCAUCAUGGUCCACACUAUCAUUGCCCACUUCCACGCACGCCCUGAAUCUGCCCAGGAGAUCAAGGAUAUCCUGAAAGAAGGCGCCGCGCUCUACGUCAAGGACAAGGGAACUAUCAACUGGUACGUCAUGCACGACCACGAAGACAGCACCAAGUUCUAUGCCGUCGAGAGGUAUGAGAGUAGAGCGGCCGUCGAUGUCCACAUCAACAACCCUUUCUUCAAACAUUUCUGCGACUUUGUUGGUCCCCGUCUCGUCACUCCCAUGACCAUCACCCAGACCGAAGAAUUCUAAAUUCAUAGAUGUCAUCUGCAUACAUGAACAGGUUUCGCUUAUUUCUUUGGAAAGAUGGACAUUGACGCAGCCGCUGGCCUCGUUGAUGAUAAAAUGGUCCCGGUUCUGACACACGCUCUCUAUCCACACCUAUCCUCAGUCCCCUGUCCACGUCUCCCUGCACCUUCGUUGCAGCUUUGAAAGCAAAAAAUGACUUUGUCAGGAUUAGCAGCGCAGGAGAAGA